GCUGUGGUCGCUGAGCCGCUUGUCUUGGAGCUGCGAUGCUACCUAACCAAAUCCUUCUCCCGGAAGUUAUUAGACCUGAGGCGGAACCGGAAGACCCAGGUAGUGGUGCCACGUCCGUCGCUGUGCUGCGAACUCCCUGAGUGGGACCCUGGAGGGCGCGAUGGCAGACUGGACUCGAGCUCAGAGCUCUGGUGCUGUGGAGGAGAUUCUAGACAGAGAGAACAAGCGGAUGGCUGACAGCCUGGCCUCCAAGGUUACCAGGCUUAAAUCGCUGGCUUUGGACAUUGAUAGAGACACAGAAGACCAGAACCGAUACCUAGAUGGCAUGGACUCAGAUUUCACAAGUGUGACUGGCCUACUCACAGGGAGUGUGAAACGCUUCUCCACGGUGGCACGGUCUGGGCGAGACAACCGGAAGCUUCUUUGUGGUAUGGCUGUGGUCUUAAUUGUGGCCUUCUUCAUCCUCUCCUACCUCUUGUCGAGGACAAGGACGUGAGCCAAUGGGAGCCACGGGCAGUCAGGCUCUUGUACACCUGCUAUCCUGGUUUCCUAAGGACCUGACUACAAAAAAAAAUAUUCCUUUGAAAUUGUCAUCAUGGGUCAUUCAUCUUCCUAAGUCAGGACGACUGCAGCUGCAUCUGUCAUAACAAAGGUUGUCAUAUUGGCUUGUCCUGUGUAUGAAGGAAGAAGAAGAAAAAGGCAAAACCCAGUGCUACUCCCUGGUGCUAAAGACACUGGCAGAGCCAGAGCCAUGUUGUAUAGGAACGAACCAGGUCUAUGCAAAGCAUCUGUAAAUCCCGAAUGCACCCACUGUGGCCAGCAGCCACACUCCUCAGCAGCCAGUAUCUUAAGGGUCUUCUGUUUUGCCCUAACCUGUUUAUGCCUGAUUUAAACCAUGUCUGUGUUCCUGGAAAGUCUGAAGCUGACACCAGAAAGGAAUAUGGCCAUGAGCCCUUUCCAAAUGAUGGUCACCGGGAUGGGCUGGCAGUGACUCCAGGCUGAGGCUGCUGAUCGGGAGUGGACCUGUGCAGGCUGUACCCACCAGUGGCUGGCUCAAGUCAGACCCCAGAGAAGAGGCAAAGCUGUGGAUAGAGGAGUGGACUGCAGUCCAGAGGCACUGGACUAAGAUCCUUUUGGGCCACGAGACCGUGUGUCCAGGAGCACAGAUGUUUGUCUUUGGGAUGGAAAAUCUUCCCAGUGUCAAAGAUGUACCCAUCCCCAGACAAACAGACUGAGAAGAGUACAAGGUGGCUUUUCUGAGCCAGGCAGUGCUGGAGUGGUCCCUCUGCUGGGGAUAUUAUGGGGCUGGAGACCACCUAUGAAAGCAUUUGUGUAGUGGGAACUUUUGACCUUGUACCGAACCUUGCCCUACCCUGUACAGCCAGUCUCUCUCCGUGUGAGGGAGACUGAGCCACCCCCUUGUUGUGUAAUUCCACAGACUUGCCUGCUCCACCGGCCCUCCCUGCUGCCUUGGCCAGCCCCAUUUGCACACAAACUGACCUGUGAGGCUGGCAGGGCCAGCAAUGUAUGAGGACCUAGCACUUUUUGUCUUCACAUAAAAUAUCUUUAAGAAAUGAGCUGUGAAGUCCCGUGCCCUUCUCUGCUCUUAUUCAUGGCUGUGUUCUUGUCUUUCCCUCUCCAUGCACUGGCUCACUCUACCUGUGAGGCCAUACCAUGAGGCUCGUCGGCCCAUAACCACUACCUCUGUGUUCUAAAUUAAGCCAGAUUUUGCCACACCCUGGCCUCUCAAUGCUGGUAGCAUGCUGGCAGCAGUGUCUUGCUGUAGCACUAGGUACCUGUCCACUUCUUCCUUUAUUGAGCUGCUUUCCUCUGAGCACAUUGACUUUAGGCUUAUUUGGCCGUUGCAUCGUGUCUGCCUGAGCCCCAAACCUUCUUGGAGGAGGCGGGCCCAUCCUUUGUUUUUCCUAAUUCCCUGCCCCUCUUCCCAAACAAGGUACAGCUCAUGCCACACUGCUGCUCUGUGGCUUUGCUGUUUGCCCCACACACUUCCAGCUGGGCUCUUCUAUGUUGUCCUUCAUCCUGAGGCCUCCCUUUGUAGGCACUUCAUUCUUGUCACCCAGCGUCUGUGGACCAGGGCUUUGGCUUGCCCUUUGUAACCAAACGGUACCAGCUGCUCGCAUCAUUCUUCCAUUUAGACCCACAGCAAGCAUGUUCGUGCUUCAGCUUUGACUCCCCAGAACCGUGAACUGCCGACUUGUUCUUUCUGGGAAUGCUGCUAGACAUUGAGUUGCAGGGCACUUGAGUUGUUUUGUUUCUGUGAGAUAGUAGCUUGCUGUGCAUCCCAGGCUGCUCUUGAACUAUGUGGCCUAGGCUGGUCUCCAGCUGCUGAUCCUCUGGCCUCAGGCUCCUGAAUGAUGACAUUAUAGGCAUGUGCAUCUACAUCUGGCUUCCAAAGGCACUUGGAACAGCCAGCGCCGUCUCAUCAUGCUGGUGCAAACCAGAUCUAACUUUGCGCUUUUGGGGUAACUUCCUCUAGACCAGUGUCCUUCCCUCCGAGACAUCCCCACCGCAACCCCAAACGUGGCUAGUUUUCCCCUCAGGUCUCCACCCUACCCACCAUCUCCGUGGCUGUUUGUAGUUCUCCAGCUACUUUGAGGAUCAGGGUUGCAGCCCCUGUUACAUUCAGCUAUUUCUCUUCCUUGUAUGACUCCUGUGAAGGGGGAUAUCAGCUCCACAGCCACUGGGUCAGACCAGCUUCCCGAAGGUUAUAACCUUAUCUUCCAACUCAGGCUUGUAUCCCUAGUGCAUGGGUGGGUCCUGAACACCAGCAAGCUGUAAGAUGAGUGGGUGCCCAGUCUGGGGGGCUGUGAGUGCAAGCGACCAGAUUCAUUCUGUCGUUCAAGGCCUUGGUAAUAAAGACUUGGAGUCAGUGUA